AAUUAACUUUUUUUAUUUGACUUUCUUCAAAUGCUUAAUUGAUUUAUUUGUCCAAAGUAGGAUUAUCAUUCUAUUCAUCUUUGUUCUUCCAAAUACUUAGAUUGAUUCUUAUUCUUUUACUCUCUUUUCCUUCGAGGGUAACGGAGGAAUUUAUUGUUGUUUUGAAAUUUAUGGAGCUAUGUCGCAACUCCUGUUAUAAUUUAUUUUGUGAUUCUUCUAUACUCGGUCAAAUGAAUAAUCACCAAGGUGGUCUGCUCAGUGUAGAUCAAAGUGAUAUACGAAAAGUACCUAUAAUAUUCAUUCAUGAUUCAUGGUGCUAAUUCAUGAACCUGAUGCUUCCCAUGAAAUUUGAAAUGGAAGACAUAGACUAACAAAAUUUUUGGCUAUUUUUUGUUUAAGUUGCUGGGUAAUAAUACAACCUUUUUGUUAUAAAAGAAAUCUUGUGUUAGAGUCCAUCUUCAGAAAAAAUUCCAAUGGAAAUAAAUAUCAUAUUUAAAGGGGGGAAAUUUUUUGAAUGACAGCAUAUGGAGCGCGUGAGGUGUAGAUAUAUAACAUUAGGUGAAUUAUAAAUAAAGCAGGGCCCAUUUUUUUCAGAGAAUUAAUCGUCUUAUACGGUAAACUAAGCGUGUGUAUACAAAAUAUAGGUGGAGGUCCCACUUUAUCAGCAAGCUUGUCCACGCGUAAGUACAGAUGCAUUUGAAAAGAGUUCAUUCAACCUUAACUUAGUGCUGAUUUUUUUAGGGAAUUUGGUCUCUUCUUCUGAAAAUUUAGUUCCGAUUUUUGCUUCGCUUUUAUUAGCUGUACCUUUGCUUCUAUUUCUGUUGCCAAUUGAAGAGUCUUUUAAGUAAUUUUAUUUGGGUUUCAUUUUUCUUUUGCCUAAAAUUAUUCUUUGUAAUUUUUAUUCCUCGGGUUUCACUCAUUUUUUUGCUAGCUGUCAGUGUUUCUGACUAUACGGAGAUGACUAGGCUCGAAAAAACUGUUGAUUCUACCUCCAAUAAAAAAAAAGGGAAACGUCAAUGUUCUGAAGAAAGAGGUGUCAAAAUAAAACAGAGACGGAGUGAAAUGUAUAGAGAGAUGUCAGCAGACAGAAGAGAAUUAAACUUAAUGCAACGACGAAUGGCGUACCUUCAUUCCACAACACAGAACCCUAUUGGUAACUCCGCUGAGCUACCAACUUCCUCUCAUCUUAACGGCGAGCUGAUCGAAAAUAGAAUUGGUGUAAGAGGAGCCACAUCUUCUCUCUUGGAAACAACCGUUUCUGAUAAUGGCAGAGUUAUAGGUGGCAGCUCUUGCGUUUUUGAAGUUGGUAAGUCUACAACUAUGAUGUUCAAGUUUGUAGAUUUUUCAGACAACUGGCUUAUACGAUAGUUCCUUAUAUGUUAGAGUCAAUAUCAGGAACGUACAACGAACAAUAUAACAUUACGUCGCGUACUGCGACAAAGAAAGGUUUGUUUUCAUCUACCGUUCGAACCUUUUCACUCUUUUAUUUUCCUCAGCUGAUAUAUUUUCCUUUGCUAAAAUCUGAGAUACACAGGUCGUAAAUCUAAAAAAUUUGGUUGCUGGAACAUUAAUGAAUUGCUUAAUGGUUCUUUUACACUCAAACCUGUAUCAAACUGUCAAUUUUGUAGAGCCAAAAGAUUUGAAUAUGAACCAUUAGGAUUUUGUUGUGACAAUGGUUCAGUGAAACUGAUUCACUAUGGAAUGCCUACUGAAUUGCUAAAUCUUUAUUUAGGAAACUCUGAGGAAUCUGAACAUUUUCGCACUUAUGUUAGAAUGUAUAACAAUAUGUUCGCAUUUACUUUUGUUGGAGUGAAAUA